AUGUUUCUCCGUCGCCUUUUGAAACCUUCUCAGAUCUCCUCCUCUGUGGGGACGAUCAGAACCAUCUCUAGCUCCCGUCACCUUACUCCAUCAGUUCCUUCGACUCCUGCUCUAAAAAGAAAACUUUUUGCCAAUCUCAAAUCAUCCCAAAUCCCAUGUGACGACGUUCUGAGAGAUAUGGAAGAGCAAGGAUUUCAGAUGGCUAUGGCCGAUCUAACUCGCUGGGCAAAUCUGAUGAGCAAGCAAGGACUAGAAGAAAAAUCUUCAGAGAUCUUUUCCUUUGUGGAGUGCAAGUGUAGAAUUUUGAUGAAUGAGUCAGUUCUCCAUCCUGCUGGGAAUGGUGCUUCUGAGUUUUUUGGAAGAAGUACUUUCAGAAAGAUUGGUAAAAGGAUCGCACCAUCUGUGGUCAACGUCGAUGGACCUAACGAAUGUUAUGGCUCUGGGAUUUUGUUUGGGAAAGAAGGCAAAAUAAUCACUUGCGCUCAUAUCGUCCUCAACCUCGACAAGUUUAGAAAGAGUCCGGUUUAUCGUUCUAAGACCUUCGAGGUUAUGAUCACAUUCAACUGUGGGCAAAAGUUUCGAGGAGUUGUUGCUGAUUGUGAUGCAGGCCAUGAUCUUGCACUAGUCAAGAUUGAGGCACCAGCUAAAUCUUCAUUCUCUCCUGCAGUGUUUGGAGUCUCCAAGUAUGUUUCUGUUGGGGAUAUGGUUCUGUCCAUUGGCAAUCCUCUUCAGUUUAAGGACAGUUUCUCAUCAGGGAUAAUCAGUUGUGUUAAACGCACAAAAAAGGAAAUUCACGCAACAGGCGAUUGCCAAUUCUAUCUCCAAACUGAUUGUGCUUUGAAUGAGGGUAACUCUGGAGGUCCGGUUGUUAACCUCGACGGGGAGGUCAUUGGUGUUAACUGCGCGUUUGGGGAUGGAAAUGUAGGUGUUGGGUUUGCAAUGCCCAUAGACACAGUGGUGAAGGUCAUGAAGGAGAGGAACUGGUAGAUUUUAGGAUUUGAAACUCUAUGGUUAAAAUAUUUUGUUAUCUGGUACUUUGAAAAAUACUCUUAUGUUUUGUUUCCUUAUCUGCCUCUACUUUGUUUGUGUCUGUCUGUUGUUAUGUGCAAGUGCAACUAAUAUUGUGGAGACAUCAUCUUUAUGCAUGACUAUAAUAUAAAUUAAGUAUGAUUCUGCAUCAAUUAAAUAGUCACGUCAAGAGUGAUUUGUAA